AUGGCCACAGCAAUAGAGCUCACAACAACAAGAUUACAGACACUAGCAAAGACAAAGCCAAUGACUCCUGCAACUUUUAUUGUGUAUAGCAAGGAGAUACAAGCGGUCCCGGCAAAAAAUCUUCAGGUCAAAUGGGGGGAGACAAAAGGAAAGAGGGAGACAAAAGGAAAGAGGGAGACAAAAGGGAAGAGGGAGACAAAAGGGAAGAGGGAGACAAAAGGGAAGAGGGAGACAAAAGGAAAGAGGGAGACAAAAGAAAAGAGGGAGACAAAAGGAAAGAGGGAGACAAAAGGGAAGAGGGAUACAAAAGGGAAGAGGGAGACAAAAGGGAAGAGGGAGACAAAAGGGAAGAGGGAGACAAAAGAAAAGAGGGAGACAAAAGGAAAGAGGGAGACAAAAGGAAAGAGGGAGACAAAAGGAAAGAGGGAGACAAAAGGGAAGAGGGAGACAAAAGGGAAGAGGGAGACAAAAGGGAAGAGGGAGACAAAAGGAAAGAGGGAGACAAAAGGGAAGAGGGAGACAAAAGGGAAGAGGGAGACAAAAGGAAAGAGGGAGACAAAAGGAAAGAGGGAGACAAAAGGAAAGAGGGAGUCAAAAGGGAAGAGGGAGACAAAAGGAAAGAGGGAGACAAAAGAAAAGAGGGAGACAAAAGGAAAGAGGGAGACAAAAGGAAAGAGGGAGACAAAAGGAAAGAGGGAGACAAAAGGAAAGAGGGAUACAAAAGGAAAGAGGGAGACAAAAGGGAAGAGGGAGACAAAAGGGAAGAGGGAGACAAAAGGGAAGAGGGAGACAAAAGGAAAGAGGGAGACAAAAGGAAAGAGGGAGACAAAAGGAAAGAGGGAGACAAAAGGGAAGAGGGAGACAAAAGGAAAGAGGGAGACAAAAGAAAAGAGGGAGACAAAAGGAAAGAGGGAGACAAAAGGAAAGAGGGAGACAAAAGGAAAGAGGGAUACAAAAGGAAAGAGGGAGACAAAAGGGAAGAGGGAGACAAAAGGGAAGAGGGAGACAAAAGGGAAGAGGGAGACAAAAGGAAAGAGGGAGACAAAAGGAAAGAGGGAGACAAAAGGAAAGAGGGAGACAAAAGGGAAAAAAGGAAGAGAAAGGGAAGGUGGAAGAUAA